UUAUUUUUGUUCGGAAGCCUGCUAAUUCCCAAUGUGAAGGGUGGGGGAUGGUUCCCUUUGGGCCUCUGGGACGCUGUUCCUGAGGCCUCAUUCCAUGUUGAAUCUGGCGCUCUCAAUGUCCAGGCUCGGCUGCGGCGUGGGGACCGAGAAGGGGCGGGGUGGGUCGGGACGGCGGUUUAAUUGCGUGCCCGGGAACUGCGCCGAUUUGGACUUUUGGCACUUGGACGUAUGCUUUAAAAAGAAAAAAGUGUCAUUGGCGUGGAGUGGGGCUAGUGGAGGGUGAAGUGAAUGCGCCGUUUGGAAACCACAGGACAGUGAACGUUUUGUCUUUCCCAGCGAGACUCUCCCGCGAGCCCGGCGGCCGCCUCGGGAGCCCGGCGGAAACAUGGCGGCGCCCGGAUCCCGUGGCCGCAGCCUCUCCGGCCUGCUCCCCGCGCAGACCUCGCUAGAGUACGCCCUGCUCGACGCCGUUACCCAGCAGGAGAAGGACAGCCUGGUCUACCAGUAUCUGCAGAAGGUGGACGGCUGGGAGCAGGACUUGUCAGUACCCGAGUUUCCGGAAGGAUUAGAAUGGCUGAACACAGAAGAGCCUAUUUCUGUCUACAAGGAUCUAUGUGGAAAAAUAGUCAUCCUUGAUUUCUUCACCUACUGCUGCAUAAACUGUAUUCACCUAUUGCCUGAUCUCCAUGCAUUAGAGCACACAUACUCUGAUAAAGAUGGUCUUCUCAUUAUUGGUGUUCACUCAGCUAAGUUUCCAAAUGAAAAAGUCCUGGAUAACAUUAAGAGUGCUGUUCUUCGAUACAACAUCACCCACCCUGUGGUUAAUGAUGCAGAUGCCAGCCUUUGGCAAGAACUAGAAGUUUCCUGCUGGCCAACUCUAGUCAUACUUGGACCUCGCGGAAACAUGUUGUUUUCUUUGAUUGGAGAGGGACACAAAGAUAAAUUAUUUUUAUAUACUUCAAUUGCUUUAAAGUAUUACAAAGACAGGGGGCAGAUCAGAGAUGAUAAAAUUGGAAUAAAACUCUAUAAAGAUUCUUUACCACCUUCACCAUUGCUGUUUCCUGGCAAAGUAACAGUAGACCAAGUUACUAAUAGAUUGGUAAUAGCAGACACUGGACAUCAUAGAAUUUUGGUCGUUUGGAAGAAUGGACAAAUUCAAUAUAGCAUUGGAGGACCCAACCCUGGAAGAAAAGAUGGAAUAUUUUCAGAAUCAACUUUCAAUUCUCCACAGGGUGUAGCCAUAAUGAAUAAUAUCAUAUAUGUGGCAGACACUGAAAACCACCUUAUAAGAAAGAUUGACCUAGAGGCUGAGAGGGUGAGUACUGUAGCUGGCAUUGGAAUUCAAGGUACAGAUAAAGAAGGUGGAGCAAAAGGAGAACAACAACCCAUUAGUUCCCCUUGGGAUGUAGUUUUUGGAACAUCAGGUUCAGAGGUCCAAAGAGGUGACAUUUUGUGGAUAGCCAUGGCAGGGACUCAUCAGAUAUGGGCACUCCUACUGGACUCUGGCAAACUGCCAAAGAAAAAUGAGUUAACAAAAGGAACCUGCCUUAGGUUUGCUGGAAGUGGAAAUGAAGAGAAUCGAAACAACGCCUAUCCUCACAAGGCAGGUUUUGCCCAACCUUCAGGCCUUUCCUUGGCCUCUGAAGAUCCCUGGAGCUGCUUGUUUGUAGCAGAUAGUGAGAGCAGUACAGUGAGAACCAUUUCUCUGAAAGAUGGAGCAGUGAAGCACCUCGUAGGAGGAGAAAGAGACCCCAUGAAUUUAUUUGCUUUUGGUGAUGUUGAUGGAGUAGGAAUCAAUGCAAAGCUUCAGCACCCCCUUGGAGUAACAUGGGACAAAAAAAGGAAUUUACUUUAUGUGGCAGACUCCUACAAUCACAAGAUUAAAGUUGUGGAUCCAAAAACAAAAAACUGUACAACAUUAGCAGGAACUGGAGACACAAAUAACGUUACCAGUUCCAGUUUUACCGAGUCAACUUUUAAUGAACCAGGAGGCUUGUGUAUUGGAGAGAAUGGACAAUUAUUGUAUGUGGCAGACACCAAUAAUCAUCAAAUUAAAAUAAUGGAUUUAGAAACAAAAAUGGUAUCUGUGCUCCCCAUCUUCAGAUCUGAAAAUGCUGUAGUAGAUGGCCCAUUCCUGGUAGAAAAACAGAAGACAUUACCCAGACUACCUAAAUCUGCUCCAAGCAUUAGGCUUUCCCCUGUGACUGUGUGUGCUGGCCAGACUCUUCAGUUCAAACUCAGAUUGGACCUCCCAUCAGGAUCAAAGCUAACGGAAGGAGUACCCAGUUGCUGGUUUCUAAGAGCUGAAGGCAAUGAAUGGCUGCUUCAAGGACAGAUGCCAUCUGGAGAUAUAGAGAACAUUUCCAGUCAACCAACAAUUUCACUACAAAUUCCUGAUGAUUGCUUAUCACUUGAAGCCAUUGUAUCUGUCAGCGUGUUUCUUUAUUACUGUAGUGCAGACAGCAGUGCUUGCAUGAUGAAGGCAAUUUUGUUCAGUCAGCCUUUACAAAUAACGGAUACACAGCAAGGUUGCAUAGCUCCAGUAGAGCUCAGGUAUGUAUUUUAGCCAGCCAGCUAGCUAGCAACCCAUUGCCACCACCUGCUGUCCCCCAUCCUGACUGUUUCUGUAAUUUAAGGAAAGAAAACUUCAUUUCUGCCUCUGGAUAACAAGAUGCCCAUUGCUCAGUUCUAAUAACUGAUAUUAAAAUAAAGCUAUGCUUCUUACUUACUUUUUUUAUUAUAAACAAACUCCUUUGCUCUGGCUAAUACUAGCUGAGUCAUUGAUCAUCAUUGGAACUAUGAUACUGUAAUCUGUGUUGCUAUUUGGCAUAAGACUGAAGUUCACACUACAGUAGAGAAUACUAUAAGAUAAUUUGCAAUGAAUACUGAUAAUAAUAAUACCAGAUAUUUUAACUAACUUUUUCUGCCUUUAUUAAUAACAAUCAGCACACUUGAAUGUGUAAAUUUCACAGUAACUUUAGGCGGAACUUAAGCUCCGGUCCACAUUUGUAUAAGAACACCAAGUAUUCAAGGCAUAAAGUCUGUUGUAAGCCAAAAAAAAGUCUUUUCAUCGCUAUAGAAGCUUAAGGAGUACAUCAGUGGUAAAUACGAUCUUUAUUCUCUUCUGUGGUUUUCUCAGUUGAGAUAUUUUUAAAAGAGAGUUUUUAUCUAUUUUUAUUAUAAAUUAUUCGUUGUUUAACAUACCAUUAUGAAUGCCUUAAAACUGUACAGAUAAAGUUGGACAUAGAAUCUCUAAGCACCGACUCCUUUAGCUGUUUUUGAGUGACUGUAUUACCAGAUAAUCCCAGAAGUAUUAUGACUUUCAAGGAAAAAGGGACUUCAGGACACAUUACUUAUUGUCUGUGAUAAAUAAUUUAUUUUGACAGCUAAAUUUGAUAGUUAUGUAUCAUGUUUUGGAAAAGUACAUUUCACUUGUAAGCAUUAAAUGCAGAUUUGUUGGGUUUAGGUUUUGAGGUUUUUUGUUCCCCUAGUCAGAAUUUAAAUUAUGGUCAUUUAUUGUGAUGUUUUUAAAAAUCACUUUUAAGCCUUCAAAGCGAAAUUUUCAGUGUGAGGUGCUUUAAUGCUGUUAAUAGAUACAGUAUAUCCUAAUAUAUUACUCUUUAAAAUAUUAAGGCCGAAACAGUGAUUUAAUGAUACUAUUUUUAAAUUUUUGGUUUUUAACCCUUAAAAAAGAUACUGAAAAGGUUUUUUUCUAUUGUCAUAGUUUAUAACUACUUAAAAGCCUCAUCUUGUUUUUCUUAAGACCUAUUCAACAUGUUUGUGAUUUAAUCAGCUUACAAGAUUUUAAACACAUCAGGUAAACCAUGUUUAUUUAUUCAAUAAAUAUUUAUAGACAUUAUGGCAUAAUAUGCUUCCCUUCCCUGUAAAAACAGUGCUAAAUUUGAAGUGUAAUCUUUUUUAAGCAUCAUUAUCUAUUUUUAAUUUUUUUUUUGAAAUGUAGUACUAGUUUGUUUUAUUCAAAGGUUAGCUGAAUCUCUGAAGUAAGGAUGUAUAUAAAUCAUGACAUUGAUUUAAUCAGUCAUCUGCUGAAACUACUUUUACAGAGAAAUAUAGAUAUAAAAUUAAAAGGAAUCCUGUUUAAAAUUAUAUGUAAUUACCUCAUAAACCUUUUCUCUCCACAAGCAAUCAAAAAAAUGAAAUGUUCUGUAAUAAAAGGGUGUAUAACAUACUCUCUUUUAUGGAGAAUAGUCCCUAGUUACUUUAUUUUAUUUUACUUUAUUUUUGAGACGUAGCCUGGCUCUGUGGCCCAGGCUGGGAGUGCAGUGGCGCGAUGUAGGCUCGCUGCAACCUCUGCAUCCCGGGUUCAAGAGAUUCUCCUGCCUCAGCCUCCCUAGUAGCUUGGAUUACAGGCACACGCCACCAUGUCCAGCUAAUUUUUUUGUAUUUUUAGUAGAGACAGGGUUUCACCAUGUUUGUCAGGCUAGUCCCAAAUUCCUGGCCUCAGGUGAUCCGCCCGCCUCUAUCUCCCAGAGUGCUGGGAUUACAGGCGUGAGUCACCGUGCCCUGCCAGCCGGCCUUAGUUAUUUUUUAAUCUCAUUUGACUUCUAUAUUUCUCAUUUCUAAAUGGACAGGAUGAGAAUAUUUUGGCCCAAUCAUUUUCUGUUUAAGGACAUAAACCUUUUCACACUUAAGAAGUAUAUACAAUUUUUAUUUGCUAAUUUAGAAAUAUCUGACAAUUUAUUUUUCAAUAUAAUAUACAAACACAAUGUUUGUUACACAUGUUCAUGUACAGUGAAAAUGCAAAGGCAUUUUUUAGAAUCUAUUCCCCUUCAUUUGUCUAGACAGUUUUAGGUUAGCCUUAGCUUAUACUUUUCUUGACUUUCAAAAUACAGUUUUAUUGAACAUUCUUAUUCUUACCCACUGCCAGUCUGCAUUGUUUUUGACAUUAAAAGUAUUAUUUAUAUAGAUUAAUAUGAUUUUGAAUAAAUCACACUUAAGCAAUAUAAAUAGGUUCCUAGAGUUUAUGACGAGGAUAAACCUCUCACAUAAGAAGAAGCACUAGAAAGUUUAUUUUUGAAACUCGAUCCAUAUCCUGUAAGGACUUCUGCAUAUUUUUUAUCUUUUGCUUUUCUUGUUGCAUAAAUUAUUAUGUCCAGUGAUAGUUUAAAAAGAACAAGAUUUUAGUGUAAGUCACCUCAAUUGAAAUGCCAGUAAUGUGGCAUUACAUACAUUUUAUAUAAUACCUGAAUCUUUGCCCUAAAUUAUUCUGCUAGUUUGUCACUGUUUUUUUCCUCUUCUCUUUAUUAUUUCACAAAUGGUAGAAUUUCUCGAUAUGAUUCCUGUAAAGAGUUUAGCUUAUCUUGAACAUUCUGUCUUAAGCAAAUAUUUAACAAGGGAAAACUUUGUAGUUCAAUCACCCAUAAGUGUAACUCUAGCAAAAUUCAAUGACUAUGAAAAAUAAUUUUUUUCUUACCUGUUCUAAUAAUAUUUAUAGUGUUAUCAAACCUUCAGAAAGCUAUAAAUCCUAACACAGCCAGAAAAAAAAAAAUUUAGUAUGUGUAUAUUUAUGUAGGUGUGUGUGUACAUACACAAAGAUUAUUUGUGAUUCUUUUAUGGUCAAUAUACUUUUGAGCUUAUACAACUGAGAUAAAUUACUCUUUGCUUGUUUUUCUGUAAUUGGAAAAUUUAGGAAGAUAUUGAAAAUACAUAUCUCUAUAAUGUAAUAAUUUUCUGCCCGCACAAAGUUUACUAUAAUUUAUGUCUACCAAUUACAAAUACAGUAGUUACAUUUGGCAUCACAUUUAACCACAGUCAUCAAAAUCUACUUAAAUUCUAUAGUUGACAGUUACAUAAGAAUAUAUACAGCGGGAAAAUGUCAGUGGUUCUUGUGAAUGAUGGAAUUAUGGAUGUUUUUAUUUUAAUUCUACUUUGCUGUUUGUAUUUUUUUUUUCUUCUCAGUGAGCACUGUGUUAUUUUUAAAAUCACGGUGGAGGGAAACCCAUAAAGUUUAAAGAGUUAAAGUUAACUGAAUCAUAAGCACUUAUAUAAUAACUUUUUUAAAGUCAUUUUUAUUACCAAAGCUCAGAACAUUGUCUGGAAUCCUUUGAUCUACCGGUUCUCUUAAGUAUGUGAUUUUGUGAAGAUAGCAAUGGUUAUAGCUUCUUUUGUUCUGGUAUUUUUAUUGUGUAACGUAGCAUAGUGGUUAAGAGCUUGGAUUUUGCAGUAACUUGGAUUCUGAUCCUUUAAAAUGGGGCUAAUGUACCUGCCUCAUAUUCAAUGAAAUAUUGUGUGUAAAGCGCUUAGUAAUUAAUGAAACUGUUAAUUAUUGGCUUAGUUACUAUAAUGCUAAUUUGGGACCAUAAACACAUAUCACCCUACAUUUUUUUUGCAACUGCAAUUUGUAAAGGGAAAUCUCCCACUAACUAUUGGUUAUGUUAAUAUUCUUCAUAGAGUUGGGUUCAAGAAGAGAAAUGUUUUAUAGUGAAGCAUAUAACUAUUUUAUAAACAACAUUGUAGUUAUAAAGAAGCAUGCCUAUAGUGUCAUUAAAAUUUUUUUAAACACUUUCUGGAGCUAUAGGUAAUGAACUUGCUUUGAGAGGGUCCAGACAUACUCAUCCUAAACCACAUUCCUACAACUUAUGCCCAACAGCUUGCACCAGAGUACUUAUAUCUUAACCAAAAAGUUUCACUCCAGUGGUGCUUCACAAAAUCUUGAAAGUGCUUUCACAUAUAUUGCCUCAUUUGAGCUUCAAAUAACCUUAUAAAUCGGUCAGGUAGAUGUUAGUUUACAGAGGAGGAGACAGCUUUGCGAUAGUGGUGACAUAUCUGAAGAAUAGAAAACUCCCAGAAUAGCGCUCGAUGCCUAAAGUGGUGCCUGGUGCCAGCAGAUGUUCAUUUCUGUCAAACAAGGGGAAAUAGUGAGUGGUGGAGCCUUUAUUCAGACACAGGUCUCCUCGUUCCUAACUCUUAAGAUGCAGGGGGAAAACAAACUGCUCAAUUAAGAGUUCUUCCGUGGACGUUUUCUUAAGCCUUCAAAUAAACAGAAUAAUAGAUAUUUAUUGAGUAGAUAUUUAUUGAGUUCUAUUUGCCAGCACUCAUCUAUUA